AGGACAUUUUCUCAAGUGUUCCGUAAUUUCCCGGGACAUUAAGCCAUUUCCCUUGUUUACAUCCAGCAGCCAGCGGUUCGCCUUCAUCGGCCUUCUAUCUAUUUCGCUACUGCAGGAUUACAGUUCGCCUAGCUCUUCGCUUCAAUUGGUCGCGUUUCCCUUUUAUAAUGAUUGCAGCUGGAAAAUUACCAUCUGAAUUUGGUCACAUAAGGAGAUAAAGAAGAUUCAGCGGACAAUAUAACUUCACCUUUACUCAGUUUCUUUUUUACAGGUUGUGUGGAUUUCUAAAUAGGCAGCAUGAAUGAAGAGAAUUCCCAAAGCAAGGAGCGUCGUGGCUCUCCUCUCAUGAAACUCCCUGCGUAUGUCCUCGCCCUGAGACCAUGGUCAUUCAGUGCUUCUCUAAUGCCUGUUCUUCUAGGAUGUACACUUGCCCACAAGACUGCAGGAGAGUUUAGCAUUGUGGGCCUCAUCACUACAGCGUUGACGGCUUUGUCGGUUCACGCUGCCGGUAAUGUCGUGAAUACUUAUUUUGAUUACAUCAAAGGUAUAGAUAGUAAGAAAAAGGCUGACGAUAGGACCUUAGUUGAUCAGAUUCUUUCGAAAGAUGAAAUAGCAACGUUAGGGGUAAUUUUAUAUUUAGUUGGAUGUGCUGGGUUUGUGAUACUGACCAUGGCCACUAGUGCUCGCUUAGAGCACUUGGCCCUCGUGUAUUUUGGCGGACUCUCCAGUUCAUUUUUGUAUACGGGGGGUAUUGGUUUGAAAUAUAUUGCUCUUGGAGAUGUAUUAAUUCUGGUUAUAUUUGGUCCCAUCACAGUUUUGUUUUCAUAUAUGGUUCAAACUGGCCAUGUGCAGUGGGUCACCAUCUUGUAUGCUAUUCCAUUAGCUCUGAAUACUGAGGCAAUUCUCCAUUCCAACAAUACAAGAGACUUGGAAUCUGAUAGAAGGGCAGGAAUAGUAACCCUUGCAAUUCUCAUUGGCUCCACAGCAUCCGAAGUGCUGUACGCUAUUUUUUUGUUUGCUCCUUACACUAUAUUUGCUGUGUGGGGGAUGAAGUACUCUAUAUUUUUUUUCCUUCCCUUAAUUACAAUCCCGGAAGCAUUUAGGUUAGAGAGACAUUUUAGAACUGUUAGUAAAGGACCCAUACCCAAGAGGACUGCCAAGCUUAAUACUUAUUUAGGUUUCUUGUAUGUUUUGGGGUGUGCCCUUUCGGAUCCUUCAAAGUUACCUUUCAUCCUCUGAUUAUUUGGAGGGAAACUGAAAUUAUCAUUGGUUUUCUCAUGUAUAAUGCUUUACUUGAGCAUAUGUAAUACAUUUUUCAUGACAUUUGAUGUAACUGUGGUACUUAAUUUAUUAUAUUUUUAUACUUGAAGAUUGACAUUGUUACGUCAUUUCUGUAAAUCAUUGUACUGUACUUUUACCGUUUUCCAGUAUGGGUGCCUGAACAAAAUAAAGUCUGUGUUUAUAUUGGUAUAUUUAUACUUUUCUCUGGUUACAAAGCGUUUGAAAACAUAUGCCUUACGAUCCAGCUACAGGAAUGUGACAUUUCUGCAGUUUUUCAUGCGAUCAAUGCAAGAUUUUGACAACCUGAGAAAUAUUUCUUAUAUUGUGACGCAGUUUGACUGCAACGGAUCUUGCGAUACUCACAUCACUUUGACUUCCAGUAAAUUUAGUCUUGCAGGAGUGUUUGUAUAUGACGAUGUCAACUGCGCCUCAUUUGCAGUGUACUAGCUCGUCAUGUUGGAUUACAAUACAGUAGCUGCAUUUAUGUAUGAAUGUAUGUUUUAGAAUGCAGGAAACUUUGUAUUUAUGGUGUGAAAGAAAGUAUUAUAUGGAUUUGUUCAUUGUUUAUGGACAAUAGAUGAUACAUGAACAUACACAAUACUUAAUGUAUGGUCUAGAAUUCAUGCAAGUUGUAGGACUCUGUAGUGUAAACCUGCUAUUACGGCAGCUUCCAGCAUUGUUUUUGAAAAUGGUUUGCUAUUUGAGCAGACCAUCACUACACAGGGUUGUAGAUUUUUUUUAGUAUUUAUAAUAGAUCUUUAUUCUUUAUACUGUAUUAUUAGAGCCGUCAAGGACAGGAUUUUCUGGUGCUGUAUUCUUAAUUUAUUGAAUGUUAUAUUCUGUAAAAUUCAACGUUACAGUGCUUCAGGUGUGGUUAUUUCACCAAUAAGUCUGUAAAUCUACAUUCGUGUUUUCAGUAGAAAGUGUUGUGAUGGAUUUUAAGUUUUUAGGCAAAAGGAAAGACACCAGUACAAACAAAAUUGGUUCAGUAAAAUGGUUUCAAAUCAGAAUUGUAUUUUUUCCCAAAUUCUCAUAACAGUCCAUGGCAGUAGUGGUAAUGAGCUAAUUUUCUGGAUACUUUGUCUGAUUGAUAGGUGCAUAUUUGGGGGUCAAAGGGAUGGAAUUAUAACAUCUGUUUACAUAAUAGGCCCAGGGGUAUUUGAAACAAAAUUGAAAUUUAAGAAAAUUUGAACAUUGUUGAUCUUAGGUUAUAUACACAGUAUGUUCAAACAGUACUAUAUGUACUGUACAUACCUAUAAAAUGGUAGGGUAUAUACUGUGUAAUUUUAUAAGCAGUAGUACUGUAUAACCAAUGCCAGUGCCUUCAUUUUAAUCUCUUACAAAAGAGAAUGUAUAAAUCAGAUUGUGGUAGUGUGGGCCAGUUGCAUUCAUGUAAGGGACAAUCUCAUGAAUUGCACCAAGAUUGGUACGAACCAGCAAGCACUGCUGUAAGAAUAUGUCUGCUGAAGGGUUGUUUGGUACUGCUUACUUAAAGGACAAAGUUCCAAAAGUCAUUGUCAGGUGAGAAUGGGUGAACUCGUACUAUAUACAUUAGUGGUGGGCUUAAUUGGUUACUGGAUUUGAUUACUUCGAUUACUACUUGAAAAUUCUAGUGAUCUAGUGCCUCAGUGGUGUGGUCAGUAUGGUGUUGGCCUUCCACCUCAAUGGCCGUGAGUUUGAUUCUCGGGCAUUCCAUUAAAGAGUUAGAGAUGUGUAUUUCUAGUGAUAGAAGUGCACUCUUGACGUGGUUCGAAAGUCACAUAAAGCCGUUGGUCCCGUUGCUGAAUAACCACUGGUUCCAUGCAACAUAAAAACACCAUACAAACAAACAUCUAGUGAUCGAUUUCUUUGUGAGUAAUGGAUUAUUUGUAAAUGAUUACUCAUUACAUUUUUUCUUUUUUUAUCACCAAAUAGAGAAUAAAAACACAUUGUUCUACAAUAUUAGCGUCUGAUUUGCUUUGAUACUGUAAUGGCACCUAUAACAUUCAUUUCUAUUUCUUCAUUUACUGUAUCUGUUAGCAAACUGUGAUAAAAUAUAAUCUUAAACUUUGGUUUCCAUUAUUUCACACACUGACCUAUAUCAAACAUAUGUAGCAGGUUGCUAUAGCCUGCAUGAUUGUUUUAAGUAUUAUUGCUAAACUAUUUUUUAUAUAAACUUUUUACCUUUUAUUUUGGAAGAUACUUGUACAUUUAUGUUAUCUUAAAAUGCAUACAUGUCUGAAUAUAUGAAGUGUUAAUGUUAUUCAUACAUUUUAUGUAUGUUUUAUGCCCAGAUAAUAGAAAUUGUUAUAAAGAUAUAAAAAAGUAGUCAAAAUCUUAUAAAGAUAUAAAAAAGUAGUUGAAAUCUAUCACUACUUGAUUAUUUUUCAUGAAAGUAAUCAGUUAACCACAAUUAUUAAAAAAAUCAGUGAAAUGCCCACCACUAAUAUACAUGUUAGUUUUUGCUUAUUAGUAAGGGAAGUCUUCACGUUACUCCAAGGUAGUGGAGAGAAGGGACUUGAUCUCAUUCAUGAAUGUGUCAAGGUUCCUAGACUUUUCAGAGAAAGAGUCCCCUCACUGAACCUUGAUCCAGGAGGGAGACAGGAAAUUCUUCAUUUUUAUGAGACUUGAAACAUACCUAUUACCACGAAGAUAAGAAACCACAAACAUCACCCCAUAAGUCCCUACUGUUCUUCAAAUUUUGCUUCUAUUUAUGAGGGUGCUAGGGAAAAGAAAGUGGUUUGGGAAAUCUGUGCCUCUUAUUACAAAACUCUACAAACACUGCACUGAAUACUGUAGUACUAUAUCUUUGUAGGUCUUCAUUACACUACUGCUCACUGUUAUGAACAUACGUUAACUUUAGUGUACAUUGCAGUAAAACAUAAAUUGUUAUUGCAUUACAUUUAUUUAUGUGUAUUAAGCUGAAGGACAUAUUUCAAUAAUUAUACUCUUGAAGUGUAUUUGCAAGCAUUGUACCCUUCCUGGAAUUUUGUUGUUGUGAAGACUGUAUUUCUUUAUUAAACUGCUUUUCAUAUAAUUGAA